AAAAAAAAAGAAAAAGAAUUAUCAUUUAUUUAUGUAUUUAUCUUUGGUGUACCAGACGAAACAAGAGGAGAAUGAAAGCAAAGGAAGCUGAAAAGGUUGAAGCUUUCGAAGUUUGUACUGUAAUAAAUCAAUCUAAAAUCCCAUAGUUUUCUCGGACACAGCUUGUGCCCUCAGUUUUCUGCUUAACAAUACCACCAAGGUGUUCUAAAUGUGGCCACAACCUCCAAAAAUAACAGUUAAAUUUAAGAAGCCAGAGAAUGAAUUACCUCAUGAACCGAGUUUCUUGGGGCAGGGAAGCAGCAAUCUUCAGGAGAUUUUAGAUGUUUCCUCUUCAUCCUCAUUGUCUUCUGAUGAUGAAAAUGGCCAGUCCAGUGAGGAUGCCUUUAAGCAGAUGGUGCUUUAUGAUCCUGCACCUAAUAAUACAGGUGCAAUUGUAGCUGUUCCUGAGCCUGAUCCAUGUCAGCCCCGAAAAUUUCGAAGAUACUUUGGUCCAUCAAACCAAAGAGUUUUGCCAUCUGUGGGAGCUUUUACUGUUCAGUGUGCAACUUGUUUCAAAUGGAGGCUCAUUCCAACCAAAGAGAAGUAUGAAGAAAUUCGCGAACAUAUUAUAGAGCAACCAUUUUCCUGCGAAACUGCUCGCGAAUGGCGGCCUGAUAUUUCGUGUGAUGAUCCAGCUGACAUUGUUCAAGAUGGCAGCAGGCUUUGGGCAAUUGAUAAGCCGAGUAUCGCACGCCCCCCUCCUGGAUGGCAACGACUGCUGCGGAUUAGAAGUGAAGGAAGCACAAAGUUUGCAGAUGUGUAUUAUGCAGCACCAUCAGGAAGGAGACUUCGAUCAAUGGUGGAAGUCCAAAAGUAUUUAUUGGAACAUCCAGAGUACACAAGAGAUGGAGUAACAUUGUCACAAUUUUCGUUUCAGAUCCCAAAGCCGCUGCAGGAUAAUUAUGUGAGGAAACGCCCUGCUCGUUUACCGGUUUCUUCUGAUGAUGACAAUGGGCGUCUUAGGCCUAGUUUUGUGAAUCCCUUAGCAUGGGCUAGUCCAGAUGGCUCUACUGGCUUGCAUCUUGGUAUGCCGCGGCGGCUUCCUCCCUCAAUUUUCGAUCAUGUUCAUGAUCGACCUGCAAAGAAGCAAGCGACGCACAUUUCACCGAUUGAUAUUAAUAGUAACGAUCCAAAUGUCAGCCCUGGGCCACAAUUCUUGAAAUAGAACUAUUGAUCAGCAGAACCCUCCUGUUCUUUUUUUGUUUACAAGUUUUGUAUCUGAUCCAAGUUCUUUUGCUAUACCAGGGAAAAAUGAUCUUGUCUUGUAAAUUUAUACCAGAAGAAAGAUAGUACGCAGAACAAUAUUUUGAAAAUAAUACAGCAUAUUAUUUCAUCUUAUAAA